AUGAUGGAUGCAAUGUGCGAGGCUAACUGGCGGUUUGCGACCGUGACAGGCCAUAAGAAAGACCGGAAGAAUGGCAAGGAAGGUGGCAGUGUGGUUGCAGCAGUGACCAAACAUGGUGCCAAGUUUUCGAAUGGGACUGUCUCCAAGGCGACCUCGUCGGAGCCGUCCCCCAUUGUCUCUCCUGAGAUACAACCCGCCUCGAGUCUGUCCUCAACAGAUCAUCCGGUGACUUCGCCUUUGCUGGAUGCUGCAUCGGGGACAGGGACAUCGUACACCACGAGCACCUCUCCGGGUGCACAGGACUGGCCUAGAGGCUUGUCCCCGGGGAUGGCGGGCUCUCCGGGGAAUCUGAUCAACUUUGUCGGGGAGUCUCCGCCGACGGCACCCUCUUCAUAUGAAGAUGCCCGUGGCGCGCCUGGCCGGGCUGGGCCGACCCUACCUCGACCUAUUGCUGCUCAUCAUACGCCAGCCUCAGCCUCGCCUCCUAUUGUGGGGCGCCGUCCUUUCAGUUUGCACAUGGACAGCCACUACUCUCCUCCAGAUACCCACCUGCCGCUCAGCGCUGCGGCAGUGGCCAGGCGAGGCUCGCUGAACUCUCCCUAUGUUCAUGGUCGUAUUGUAUCGAACCCCCCGCUCCCACAUCAUCCCCAGGCUCACUUUUACGGAGCGGCGCCUCUCGACCUUGAUCCAACUCCUCGGUCCGGUAUGAAGGCGGGCGAAAAGGGUUAUUACUUUGGCUUCGAUGUUCUCACGUUGCCGAGCGUGGAUCGCGCUCCUGGUAAGGACACUGUGGUCCUCGCUGGCUACGAGGGAGGGCUCGAGGUCUUUUCUGUCAGCAGGCGCGGCGUGGAACAUGUCGCCAAUCUCAAGGGGCUACGCGGAGGCGUCUACCACGCCAAAGUCCUGCCAUGGACUUCGGCCAGCUCCGAUCUGUUUCCUCUUGUUGCAGUGGUCGUUCACGGCCCAAUCUUGCCGCAGAGGACCUCCGAGGGUGGCGUGGAGGGCGGCGAUUACGACCCCGUUUCCGCAGACAGAUCCGAUGCCAUGAUAAACAGCCCUGCUCCUUCGGUCAAGAAUGCCGGCAGUAGCAAGACUGGUGCAGGGCUCAUCGAAGCCUACCAAACCAGCGUUGAAGUCUGGUCCCUGAAGACGGGUCAGCAGUUUUGCGUACUUCUUGAGGCGCCUAAGAUUCCUCUCAAGACGUCCAUCACGAGCCCUAGCUUCCACGCUCCCCCUCCUACCGGUGCUUUCCACAUUCAUGCAGAUGGCGGGAACAUUAUCGUAUCGUCGGGAGUUACGGGAGAAUGCUGGGUUUACCGUCAGAUGCCGCCCGUGGGCGAGCUGCCACUCCAUUUUGGCUGCAUCGGCAAGCUCUGGACCACUCUUCAGCAGCCCCCGAAGGGCGACACCCCCCAGGAACCGGAUUGGAGUCGUAUCCCUGGCCCAUCGUCUCCACGUCCUCGCCCGCAGACUGCUAUCGUGAGCGUGAGCGGGAGAUGGAUUGCCUAUUGUCCAGCCGCGCCGUCCUCUCAGAUUUCGUUGCGCGCUUCUGUCCCGGUACCUGUGUACGGCCGGGCUCCUGGCCUGACAUCUAUGACGGCUCCCCAACUACCGCCUGUCAACGCCGAAGUCGACUUGUUUAUGACCGAGAGCGUUGUGAACAAGGUCAUGCGUGAUGCGACCCAGGAGAUCAUCCAAGGUGCGAGGUGGAUUGGCAAGCAAGGCAUGCAGGCAUGGAACAACUAUUGGAACCCGCAGCCAAACCAGCAGCCACGUUCACCAACCACUGCUCCCCAGGGCUGGGGCGAGACAUUGCAGUUCCCGCCGACACACGGUCCGGUGACUUCCCAGCCCGUGGUCAAGGACCCCGGUAUGGUUUCGAUUAUCGAUAUCGAGACGCUCGGUUCAUUUUCAAACCUCCAUCCCAUUGCUACGUUCAGCGUCCCGAACGGCUGCAGCUUUCUGUCGCUUUCGCCAUCGGGCCUCUCGCUCUUCAGCGCGAGUAGCAAGGGCGACGUGCAAACCGUCUGGGACCUGAUGCGAAUCCAUAACACGAGAUCGUCGCCACUCCAGGCCGCCGCGUCGCCCCUGGGCGGUCCCCGGGUGCGCCAGGUCGCGCAUUUCUCCCGGAUGACCGUGGCACGCAUUAUAGAUGUGGCCUGGACGCGACCUAAUGGCGAGAGAAUCGCCAUGGUCACGGAGCGUGGUACUGUACAUAUCCUAGAUUUACCCCCUAGUGCUUUCAGUUGGCCCCCUCCUCGCCGCAGGCGCGCACAGGAGACCAAGGCCGCUGCCGCCGCCUCCGAGGCUCCGACCUCGGUUGCGAGCUCUGCCGCCAGCUCGGCUGUCUCAAUUGCUUCAAGUGCCUUGAGCUCAGUCCGUGACGUUGCUCUCCCGCUUAUCAACCGACACCAGCGAAGCAGUUCCAGCACACAAGCCGCGACAGGUUCAGCUAUCGGAGGGUACGCUGCCGCGGGCGGUAAAGUCCUUGCCGCCAGCAUCACUCACUCAUUGGGCAAGACUGGCAAUGUGAUCAGCCAGCUGCGGCAUACCGGCGAGAACAGAGUCUCACUGCCGAGCUCUUCUCCGCCUGGCCCGUCAUGUGUGAUCUGGGUGCCGGGCAAGCGGAACCACUCCUUGUUUAUUUUGGGUAUGGGGCUCGUCCGGACGUUCCCCUGCAGAACUCGGAAGGCUGAUGGCAAGGGAGGCAAAGGCCAUAAGACGCUGCGCCUGUCCCGCUACAAAGACCACAGCCUUCCCAUGCUUCCGGAUGAUGUCUUGCCGCCGGUCGUCAAGCGCAUCUUAGAUCCGGAGGAGUACCUGGACUUAGCGGCCGCCGCCGCUGAUCGAGACUUUGAAGCAGGAGCCAAUACUCUUGUGCUCAAUCAACCACGGCCCCGAGUGCAGAAGCCCUACGACCUCAGCGCGGAGUCUGCUAUCCCGCAGGCUGAGAUCGAGUCGAGCGCCCCGUACCAGCCUUUCCACACUGAUCGGCGCGUGGUGCUCUACGAACUGACUCCAUCCCGACCCACCAACACCGGUAAUGAACUCCAGGAGAGAGACCUUUCCUCUCUCAUGUCGGGUGCUUCUCUUGGAGACAACACCCCUCUCUCCUCGUCGCCGGAGCCGAGCAGCACUCCCUCUCGUCGUGGGAAGAAGCGCCAGCCUCCGGCUCUUCCUUCUCCUCUUCCUCCUCCUCCCGCCGUCGUGCCAGCUGCUUCCUCUGUCAUUAUCACCAGUUCGCUCCCCUCAGGAGCAUGGGUCUUCGGCCAGCCCCUUCCUGCCAUUCGGUUGGAUGUUGGAACAGGCCAUCAUCACCUGCUGGAUGACGCAGAUGAUGACAGCGACAAUCCAACGGUGUUCAGUAUCCCUCUUGAUUCCCAUGCGUCAAGGGCAUUGCCUGCAGAGGCGAUGGAACGGGUUUUGAUGCAUACGGAUGGCGGGGAUACCAAUGUGGGAAUGGCGCAGAUUGUUAUCACUACGCGUAAGAGGCGUAAUAGAUACAGAGGGGGCGAGGGAGAUGAAGAUGGGUUCUUUGAGGAUGAUUGUGAGGUGUUGGAUUUUGCAGAUCAGAGGGUCUAG